AUGUCUGGCCUAGAACAAGUCUGGAAGCAUUCUUGGCCUAGUCUCGAUUUACUUUGUGAGUUGUUUUGUUUUGGAAACAUUUUUUUAACUAUAGUGGAUCUUUUGUAUAACGAACUCUUCAACAACGAAAAACUUUUAACUUUCUGGCCAACACUAUACAGUGUACAGGGACGUCGUUUGGGGGAGCGGGUAGGUGAGGGGAGUACCUCCUCCCCCCAGAGCCGAUCCGAAAAAAAAUUUCACAGGAGGUAACUGUACGCGAAAAAACGAAAAAAAAUUUCCGAUCUUCCCCUCUUUAGAGAAAAUCCGUAGCGACGUCGCUGACAGUGUAUAUAAAGCUUUCGUAUAAAGAAUAAAUUAAAAAUUUCUGAGAGAUUUGUACGGGUUCUACUGUAUUUUCUGUUUUUUUUUUGUAAAUAUAAUAGUAAUUGAUGCAAAUUUAUUGUAAAAUACGUUGUUCAUUCUUAAUUCUGUACUUUUUCAGUUUUUUUGAAAUGCAAAGCCAAUUUUAGACAGUGGGUUUUUAAAGUAGUGCUAUCUUUUAGGCUUAAAAAUGAUUCUUUUGACAACUAAAAGGCUGCAAACAUAACACUUUAGGUAAAAACCGUAACUUUUUUAACUAAAAAUUCAAUUUUCAGGUGAAUAUCUACUAGAAAACGAACAACUCUUUAAGAAUAAGGUAGUCCUAGAACUCGGCUGUGGUGUAGCUUGUGUACCAUCAAUAUUAUUGGCUAGAUUGGAAGCGAAAAAGGUCUAUUGCACUGACAAAUCGAUAAGUCUUGGGAACGCUGAACAAAAUUUGAAAGCAAAUUUGAGCUUGGAACAGCUGGAACGGGUCGAAAUUCAGGUAAGUUAGUUAGAAAAAAAAGUUUUGAGGGCGGGGGAGGGGGAUGGAUUUUUUAAAAAAAAGUUUUGAGGGUGGGCGGGGUAAAUUUUCGAAAAAAACGUUUUGAGUGUGGGCGGGGUAAAUUUGUGAAAAAAAAGUUUUGAGGGUGGGCGGGGUAGCUUUUUGAAAAAAAGUGGGAGGGGUAGUUUUUUUAAAAAUUUUUUGAGCGGGUGGAUUGUUGAAAAAAAUGAGGAGUUGAUGGGAUUUAAAAAAAAAUUAUGGCUAGGGGCUGAUCUUCUCUCUUUCUCCCCACCGCUUUGAUCUAUUAUACAGCAAAAAAAUUAUUUUUUAAAAUUGAAACUAUAAUAUAUUGCUUUAGACUAAACUAUAAUAUAUUGCUUCAGGAAUUGGACUGGAAUUUAACUGAAAAAACGAAAAAUUGGCUAGAAACCGUUGAUCAACUUGAUUAUAUUGUUGGGUCGGACAUCUUUUUCGAUCCAAUAACUUUUGAGCCAUUGAUAAACACAGUCAAGUGUAUCUUUGACAAAUUUCCAAAGGCCGAAUUUGUGUUUUCGUAUCAAAAUCGAGAGUAAGUUUUAACUACCCCUACCCUUGUACUUCUCUUAGAGUCCGGCCUUGUUUAUAUUAUAGUAGAUAAAGAGAUGGGGUUGGAAAGUUGAUUUGAUAAUUUCUGAAUUGAAGGUGAGUGAUAUGGCUAGCAAAAGAUUGAGAAAUUUUGUAAAAUACGCCCUUCAUUUCAAUCUGUUUGAAUUGUAAAAAGUUUAAAUUUUAUUAUUAAACGGCAAAAUGAGCUUUGUUAUCAGUGUGUGAAAAGUGGAUGAUUAUUCUCACUCUUUUUCCGGAAAUCUAAUAUUUACAAAAGUUUAAUGAAAAGGACACGUUUCUCUCUGCUUUUGUGGAAGAAAUAAGCUUUUAACGCUUUUAUAAAUAACAUAUACUCAGGGACGUCGUUUGGGGGAGGGGGGGAGGGGGGGGGGCGGUACCCCCUCCCCCAGAGCCGAUCCGAAAAAAAAUUCCACAGGUAAGUCCUGUACGUGAAAAAAAAAUUUUUUCUGAAAAAUCGGUCCACAGGGUAGCGACGUCCCUGCAUAUACAUACUAUUGUAAUGGAUCUUUUAGACAAAUCAUAAGGCAAAUAUCCUAAUUAUAACUAGAGCAAAGCAUGGUUAACGUAAGAGUUAGGGUAAAUUAGUGUAGGGUAGAAUAUGGCAAGACAAGACAAGAGCGUUUAAAGUAUGGUGGGAUAGGAAGGAAAAGUAGGGCAGUGUAGAUAAAGUAGAGUAGGUAUUGGCAGUGCCGGGCGGGGACUUUUGGUCUGGGGGCGGGGGUCGAAAAAAUCCACAGGGGGGACCGUUUAAGGCACGGUAGGAUGGGACAGAGGAUAGGGUAAAGGCGAGUGUUGUGCAAAGCAAGCCAAAGGUAGUUUAAAGUAGGAUAAGGUAGGGAUGGGGUAAAGUAGAUGAGAGUAGGACAAAGCAGGGUAAGGUUGUUUAAGGUAAAGCGGGAUAGUAAACGGAAGAGUUAAGGUAGGAUAGGAUAGUGCUAGGAAGUUAAGGUUGGUUAAAGUGGGAAACAUUUGGGUAGGACGUGGCAAAGUAGGCUGGGUAUUGUAGUGUAGUGUAGGGUAGGGUAGAGUAGGGUAGGGUAGGGUAGGGUAGGGUUGAGUAGUUUAGGGUAGGGUUGAGUAGGGUAGGGUUGGUUAAGGUAAGGUAACAUUAAGUUUAUUGAUAGUAAACAGUGGUUUUUGUGUGUUUACACGUCUAAUCAAGCUAUUUAUUUUACGAUCGGGGUCACUUUUUUCUAAUCUUGUCUAUGAUCACUUGUGUGUCACUUUUAUAAAACGUUUUUUUAAAUCAACGUUUAACUUUUUUCACAUUUAAAAAAAUAAUCGACAAACAACAAAUUAAAAUAUUAUAGUAGUUUAUUGUAAUAGAUCAAUAGAGUAGCUUAUAACUUUAAAGUUCUUGUUUUCAGUUCCGACUGGUCGAUAGAACAUCUUCUUCAAGAGCACAAAUUGGAAGCUAGAUUGAUAAGGAAAAGUGACAGGGAACAUUCUCUUCAGCUGGGCGUUAUUAUGAGUAAGUUAUACGAUAUCAUUGGCUUUUACAGUAGUUUUAUCUUAUUUUCAGCAAGUUUCGACCAGUCGUAUUACAUUGGCAUUGAAGGGUAUGUUUUUUAAUCUUGUUGUAUCCUACUUUACAAUACUCUACCUUACCCUACCCUACACUACCUUACUUUAUCCUACCCUACCCUACUCUACUCUGCCUUACUCUACUCUACCCUAUCAUGUCUUACUCUACCAUACCCCACCUAAAAUCAAAAAGUCAAAUAAUAUUGUUAUAGAGGAGCAACCAGGUCAAGAUACGUUUUGUUCAAUAAAAAUGGAGAAAUUGUUGGAACAGAGGACUCGGAUGGACUAAACUGUCUACUAGUCGGCGUAGAAGGCACAGCCGAUCGAAUUGCUAACCAUAGUCGACUACUGGUCGAUAAAUAUGGCGUCACAUUACCGGUCAAGGCUUUGGUAGGAGUUUUGAAAUUUUCACUUAACUCCACCGUAUCUUACUUUACCCUACCCUACCUUACUAUACUCUGCCUUAUUAUAUUCUACUUUGAGAUACCUUACCUUACCCUCUCUUACUCUACCCUCCUCUACUUUUACCCUCCUCUACUCUAACAUAGUAACUAAUUCCAGGGCAUGGGCCUAGCAGGAGCAGAAUCGGCCGACUUCAACUCAAAAGUAGUGGAAUAUAUGAAGAAUGAGCACAAUGACAUAUCGGAUACCGUAUUCUUAACGUCAGAUUCUGUAGCUGCUGUAGCUGCCAAUUUCCCUGUCGAAAAGGGAGGCAUAGUACUCAUUUGUGGUACUGGCUCAGCGGCCAGACUAUUAACACCGGAUGGCAGUGUUCAUUGUGCCGGAGGGUGGGGACAUUUGAUCAGUGAUGGCGGCAGUGCUUAUUGGAUUGCUAUACGGUAGGGUUGAUAACAAUUUGAGUUUUUAACAAAGGGUUUGUAUUGGUUUAGGCUUAAGGUUAGUAAGGCAGGGCGAUGUAUGUUUAGGCUUAACAUGCUUAAGCUUAAUAUGCUUUAACAUGUCUGUCUUUUGCUUAGUAUGUUAGGCUUGUCAGGCUUCGAUUUAGCAGUAUUAAUAGGCUUGAGCUUGGCUUUAGGACUUUUAUGCUUAAUAGUCUUAGGCUUGUCAGGCUUAGUAUGCUUAAGCUUUACAAGCUUGUGUUUUGUAGACUUACAAUUGUUAGGCUAGCAGUCUUUAACGCUCAGGCUUAGUAAGCUGGUGCUUUUUAAGCCUAGGCUUAGCAGACUUAAGCUCAAUAGGCUUUUUCUCAGCUUUUACUUGCACUAUUUUACCAUAUCCUACCCUACCCUACCCUGCCCUACCCUAUUCGACUUUACCCUAUUCUUGUCUUACCUUACUUUACAGUACCUUAUGCAGGACUUUACUCUACUAUGCCUUCUUCUAUCUUAAUUUCACUUGCCUCACUUCUUCAUUACCCUAACCUAUUUUACUUCAUUCUAAACUACCGUACCUUACCUUACCUUAUCUUGCGAUACUCUAACUUACUCUAAUCUACCAUACCAUACCCCAUUCGACCCUAUCUUUACUCAAGACUAUUUUACUUUACUCUACACUACCUUACCUCACUCUUCUUUUCUCUAUCUCUAUUUACUUUCAGAGCCAUUCAACAAUACUUUAACAUAACGGACGGCCUAAAAACCUCAAACUAUAGCCUUGAGGCAUUGGAAAAAUCGAUUUUCGAACAUUUUAAAAUAACCGACAAACUUCAAAUGCUGGAUAUAUUGUACAAUAAUGACAAUUUAAAAGCGAGUAUUGCCUCAUUUUGUGAAAAAUUGGCAAAAACAGCAGAGUACGAUGAAUUGGCAGCUGAAUGUUUCUAUCAAGCUGGAGUUGUAUUGGCUGAACAUGUGGGGGCGUUGGCUAGGCAUUUGGAGUCGGUAAGAUAAUAUUAUUAGUGGGUUUGGUUUGAAUUUGAAAAAAUUGAAUAUUGACGUAGUCUAACAACUUGUAAGCUCUAGCGUAGUGCCGUGUAGUUUUGCUUUAACUUUUUACAUUCUUUAGGAACAACGAAAGGAAAUCAAUGUACUGGCAAUUGGAUCAGUCUUUAGAAGCUGGGAUUUGAUCAAAAAUGGUAAGAAUUUGUCUGCUUUAUCUUAAUAUUCUCUAUCCCAUAUUAGUUUACCUUACCUGAGCUUAAAUUAUCCGAUUUUUUUCUACACUACCCUGUUUUAUUCUGUCUUAUCCUACUCUAACAUAUACUGCUCUUACCUUACUACUUUGUUUUACUUUAUCCUAACUUACUUUUCUCUCUACCACCGCAGUCUACCCUGUCUUACUCUAAAGUACCUUAUUUAAUCCUGUCUUAUUUUAUAUUAUAUUACCUUAUCUUGCCCGGCCUUACCCUAUCCUACCUUAUUUUACCGUAUUAUGCCUUAAACUAUCCUAUUUUGAUAUAUUCUACCCUACCUUGCUCUACCUUACUCACUACCUUAGCUUGCUUUACUCUGUCCUGUCAUAGUUUUACUUUUACUUUAUUUACAGUGACAUACUCUACUACUAUAAUAUACUCUACUUUAACAUAUUUUAUCUUACUUUGCUUUAACUUUCUCUAUCUUGACUCAUUGUACCUUACUCUUUCAUAACAUACUCUACUUUAAUUAAUAUUACUCUAUGCCUUCUAACAUGCUUUACUAUUUCUUAUUCAGUCUUACUUUAUCUUUGCUCUGGUCUGUUUUAUUUGUUCAUAAAUUUAUAAAGUUGUUUCAGGAUUCAAAGCAGCACUAUCAUCUCAGCGAGAAAUGGAAACGGUAAAACUCUUUGAAUCAGUUCAUUCUCCAGCCUUUGGAGCCGCUGUUUUAGCCACCAAAAGUGGAAAUGUAGAGUGGAAUCACAAUGUAGAAGACGUUGAAACUAUCAAUAAAACAUUACUGGAUGUGGUCAAAUUGAACUGCCGAUAA